GAGUUGCUUUCAGGUUAUAGUCAAGUGUAUCCAGAUGGAUGAGUGCAUAAUCUAACAGAAAACAAAUAAAUGUUUGUGUUUGCAGUCUCCCUCCCUCAGCUGAAGGAGCUGGACUGGAGAGUUGACUUGGUAACUGGUUCUGACUCGGUUAGUCGGAUGGCAUUGCCAACCUGCUUGGUUCAGCUGAAGAUGGAGGAUCCAUGUCCGUCAGCAGGUGGAGAGUCGAUCUCUACAGUUACAGUGGAGCUGAGCAGGGAGUCACUGGACACCAUACUGGACGGACUGGGACGUAUCAGAGACCAGCUAUCUGUGGUGGCUGGGAAGUGAGAUGAUUCUGUGGACCCACAGCGUCGUCCCCUGGUAUCUUAUCUGGACUAAAGGUUUCUCCUGUUCAUGGUUUACACCUGAAAAUGUGGAUUAAGUUCAGAUUUUUUCCCAAAUGGGUCCAGUAGGUUUAUCAUUCUAAUGAUUUUUUUUUUUUUUGCUGAAUCUGACCACAAAAACCUGCUGCUGUUUCAUUUAGCUGCAGAUCAGACCAGAAAAGUUAAAAUUUUUAACAUUCAUUAAAUAUUUGAAAAAUUAUAAUUUCACAUUCUGUAUAUACAUUUAAUGUCAUAGAUUAUUCUACUCAAACAUCAUUCAUGUGUAAAUGUGUUUUGUUCCAUUUUUACUGUUAUGAAAAUAAACUAAUAACACAGUCAGA